UUCGUAGCUGAUGGUGUUUUUUUUGCAGAACUUAAUGAAUUCUUUACACGUGAAUUAGCUGAAGAAGGAUAUUCUGGUGUUGAAGUUAGAGUAACACCUGCAAGAACUGAAAUAAUUAUUCGUGCAACUCAUACACAAGAUGUACUUGGUGAGAAAGGUCGUAGAAUUCGUGAAUUGACAGCCUUGAUUCAGAAAAGAUUUAAAUUUCCCGAAAACACUGUUGAAUUGUAUGCAGAAAAGGUGCAAAAUCGUGGUCUUUGUGCUAUUGCACAAUGUGAAUCUCUUCGAUAUAAAUUAUUGGCAGGACUUGCUGUUAGAAGGGCUUGUUAUGGUGUACUUCGCUUUAUCAUGGAAUCUGGUGCUAAAGGUUGUGAAGUAGUUGUAUCAGGAAAAUUAAGAGCUGCUCGUGCCAAAUCAAUGAAAUUUGUUGAUGGAUUUAUGAUUCAUUCCGGUCAACCAAUACGUGAUUACGUUGAUACAGCAGUUCGUCAUGUUAUGUUAAGGCAAGGUGUUUUAGGCAUUAAAGUAAAAAUUAUGAAAGAACCCAAAGAUGAACCAAUAAUCACACAGCCUAGUUCUGAGGAUUUCCAAAAAUCAGCAAUACCACCUCCUGAUAUUGUAGCUGUUUCACAAUCACCACCUAUUGCUCCUGCAGA